AUGAAUAAAGACGUUCGCUUGGUGACUUUAUGCUCAAAUGAAAGACCAUUGAUGUUUUGCCUGCAACUGAUAAUCCCAUUGCUUUUUUUACCGAAGCCAUCUAAUCCGGCCGCAGAUAUUUAUCAUGCAAUAUAUAUACUUUUAUUCCUUGUUUGUUUCUUCUUAGAGCGUAAACCAUGUGGGAUAUGUGCUAUUAUUUUGUUUAUUUUCAUUAUUCUUCCAUGUUAUAGUUCCUUAGAUAAUUUGUGUAUUUUCUCCACAUGCAGUAAAGACCGAACUUUGACGUAG